CUUGUGCUGUGAAGACCUGAAUUGCAAUCGGAUUUUUUUACUGCAUAUAAUUGAGCGAACCCGAAUCCGAGAUUUAAUUUUGACAAGAGUUGAAAACAAGUUUUUUUUUGUGAGCGACAAAAACGGGUUACACAACAGCUGUUGAAAAGAAUACAAUUAGUGGAAUAAUUGAUGUAAAAGGUGUUGUUGCAGACGAAGAAAAAAAAACUAGAGCGAUCAGUAGUGAUUUUAUGAACUGAACAGUUCGAAUUGAAUGACAAAUUGUGAAACCAGAAGUGCAUCAAAAAGCGAACAAUUUUAAAAGUGCGUUUGUGAUUUACAACUUCCACAAAAAACAAUGAUCAAUCACACCAUGGCCAGUUUGGGUCAUCCGCAUUACGGAUUUGCGCUCGGAAACCAGAUGGAGAUGCCGCCGGCAGCGGAUUACGCGCCGCAACCACAUCAUAGCCCAAGCAACAUGGACGUGAAGCCCCGGCUAAGCUUCCCACCAUCCUCGCUGGCAGCUUAUCAAACCCACACGCCGACCCAGGUCGUCGGUGGAUCUCAGCAGCAAACCUCGCCCGGUCAGGACGGACACAUUAAGCGUCCGAUGAACGCUUUCAUGGUAUGGUCACGACUUCAGCGUCGGCAGAUCGCGAAGGACAACCCGAAGAUGCAUAAUUCGGAAAUUUCCAAGCGCCUUGGUUCGGAGUGGAAGCUGCUGACUGAAGCUCAGAAGCGCCCCUUUAUCGACGAAGCUAAACGUCUGCGGGCUAGCCACAUGAAGGAACAUCCCGACUACAAAUACCGCCCACGUCGCAAGCCCAAGAACCCAUUGACCAAUGCCGCACAUGGACUCCCCAUCGGAAUGCAGCAACCCGGCAAAGCCACCCUCGGGUCGUCUUACCCGUUCCAUCAAUUGCCACCGUACUUCGCCCCAACACAUCCCCUGCAGCAGUUGGAACAACACUACUCCGUGCCAUACUUUGGCGGUUUUGACCCGUUGACCCUGUCCAAGCUGCACCAGUCCCAGUCCCAAACGAUGCAAAGCACCCAAAGCCACCUGGAAGCCCACAAGAACCAACAGAUGCCUCCGACAUCGUUGAGCUCGUUCUACUCCAACAUCUACAGCGGCAUUUCGGCGGCAGCCGCCGCGUCACCUUUGUACGCCGCCCACACCAACAGCCUCUACACCUCGUCUGCCUCGUCGGCCUCGCCCGGAUCCAGCCCAAGUGCAUCGCAACAGUCCAGUGCGCUGCCGGAUAUCGAAAACUCGAUGCGACGACCCGUGCAGGUUAUCUACUAGAGCUAGUUGUUGCUGUACUCGUAAGGCAGAGUUCUUUAAGUCGGAUAGAUCUGUUGACUUUUCGGUGAUCGACAAUCCCGUGAAACCGAUCAGUAUUUUGUAGUUCAGUUUAUUCACUUCACCCCGUCCGAUCAACCUGACACCAUUGUACAUAUUAGCGGUUUUGUGAUCGAUGGGUUACAACGAAAGGAGCGCGAACACACACACGCCCACUCUAUCUCCAAAAUGUUUAAUUUAUUCAUACGAAAACAUUCGAUAAGUGAGUAGUAAAAAAAGACAAGAAACAAAAAAUACGAAUCAAGGAACGUCACCCCUCUCAUAGUAGGAAUUUAGUUAUUAUUUCUUCAAUCGAAGCAAAACAAAGCAUUGUGUACCAAUAUGUUUUUACUGUAAAUAGCUAGAGAUUUAUCGGUGUAUCAGAGUGUGAGGCGCAUCAGCGCACCAGGUAACAGAGGAUGAUGAUCAUGAUGCUGUGAGGAAUGACUUCACUCUAGAAGUGCUAGGCUAAUUACCGUUGUAAAGAUAGUUUUACGUUAGGCUCUCACCUUUUCCGUGUCUCCGUCGAUAAGGCGGAGACGGAGUUUGAUGGGUUUCAGACAGAGAUUAUUUUCUAUCUCACAGAGUUAGGACGAAGCGUAGGGCAAAUGGACGCAAGAUGAAGCAAGCUUUAUACUCCCUAUUAUCGCGAAUAUCUGCAUCCGGGAACGACUCAGUAAAUUUUUAUCGAUAGUUUAGGUAUUGUAAUGAAUUUAAUCUUAUUUGUUAUUAUGAUUAAUGGAAAAUCGGAAAAGAUAUCAGAUUGUAUUGUAUGCAAAAUAAAACUUUUCGUA